CGUGAUGAGAGCUUUAACAGCUUCCCAUUCUCUUUCUACUUUCUAAUUCUUGUAAUUUCUUUCACUAUACACUUACUUCACACACUCUCUCUCACUCUCUCACUCUCUUCAUGCGCUCAAAUUAAUUAAUCUUACUCUUGAGAUCCAUGGUUAAUAAAUACCUACUCUGAUUCCCUUUUCUUUUUUUUUCUUACAAAGUCUAUUGUCUAUUGUUCCCUUCUCAUUUCAAUUUUCUUCUUUUUUUAUCUUGCAUGAAUCUUUUACUUGUCGUGCAUGUAUAUAUCACCUGAACAACCAUGCGUUUCUUUGCUUGACUUUGAACCCCGUUACCGUCGUUACUCGAGAUAAUGGAUCGCGACCCGCCGAGUUUUACGGGCAUCUUAGCCGCAAAGCCCAACGGAUAUUCGAACGGUGUUAGCUACAGCAACGGUCGCGUUAGUAGAAACGCGACGCAACCCUCCACCUACCGACGAGUAUACAACAACACUAGCAAACUCGACUCGAAAGAGAAUAAUAUUCCAUCCGACAACGAGAAUAGCACCGGUAGUAGCGGUUCUCGUCAUCCGCUCUACACUGGUCCCAAGUAUAUUCCGAAUAGGUUCAGCCCAUCCCCACGUAAAAAUUCCGAGUCACCACGCGAGACGCGAAUACCUCGCCCUAUGAGUGCAUCACCCUUCUCAACUUCGCCUAACCCGAGGGACAAGCAAGGAAACACUCAGGGACAGUCUCUCGAUAUGCGCCAACCUAUGAGUCUCAGGUCAGCCUUUGCGCUGGCUAAGAAACAGGAGGUGGAUGACCAGGUUGACGACGACACCUUUAGCAUUAGACAUGCGUUUAAUAUUGCCAGUGCUGAGAUGGACGGGCGUAUUGACGGUUCCCCUAGCCCUGCCCCGCGGAAAUUUCAACAGAAACGUCAAUCAUACGGCGCGAUCCCGCGAAGAACUUCCGGACCCAGUCCAACUUCAGCACCUAGUCCGAGCACUGAUCUAGGGCAUCAUCUCCAACGAUUUGACCGAAACCACCAACUUGGCACAGGCAGCAGACCGCUUAGUGGCUUAUUUGGCAAGAAUCAAGUAGGAUCCACAAUAUCGGAAGCUGGCAACGGCCUCGCCAAGAAAGUAAGCGACAACAAUCUCAGAGGUUCCCCAGCCCGUCGCGGAGAGAACCGAUGGGAUGCUAGACUAGGAAGGGAGGGUCGUGCUAACGCGCCUGUUUCUGUUCCGUCCUUCGAGUAUGAAUCGGCUAGCGACGGUCAGGCUUCGCCGAUAGACGAACUCCCUCCUCGAUCGCCUGAAAAAAGCUUCAAUUGGCAUUUAGACGCCGAUUUCACAGCUGAAGACCUCCAGGUUUCGGACAGCCCUCGCAUCCGGGCGGGUCAGUCUAACGGGCGACUUACCGGACAGUUUCCGAGUGCGACGAGCUCUCCAGUUAGGAGCACGCCUAACAUGCGUCGCAGCAACAAUCGGAUCGAUCAAAUUCGACAGAAAGAACUUGAGGUUGCGAAUGCUGUCUUACCGGAAGAAGACAUGUCCGCAACUACGCGAACCAACAGUCGACUCGACGAAUUAAGAGCACGAGAAAGAGAGGCGCUCUCUAAACGGGCGAUGGCCACAAGUAGACUCGAAGAAAUUCGGAUCAAAAAUUCUGAAGCGCGUUCAGAAUCACCGGAAACCGAAAGGAAAUCCUAUAGAGAUGAUCUACACAAGAGUCCAGAGAAGUCCAGAGACGUCAAGAAAGCCCUAGACGGCAAUCUAAGAUCGGAAACGAAAGAAGACCAGGGUCCAAAGACUACUACUACCGUCACUACUUUCCAAAACACCAACAGCCAGAAACCCUGCGAGCCCUUGAAAGAGAAAGCAAGUGAAAUCAAGGUUGAAAAUGAAAUAAAGGGCAGCCAACUCCGACGAAAUGAUUCACAGGAUUUACUUCGGCGUCUUGCGAGAGCAGCAAGCUCUAGCCCGUCCCCCGAGAAGAACGAACAGACGGUCAUCCCAUAUAACUCUCCGACAAAGACACACUCUGAUAAUAGAGAGAACAGUCGCCCACGCUCGAUACGAGAGGAGAAGGGAUCAAUGAACCUGGAAGCUAAGAACUCCAGAGAAAGGCCAACAGUUGGAUUCACAGGUUUACGAAGGGAUUUGUCUGUUGACUCUAUUCGAGAAAAAAGAACAAGUCGCUCCGGCUCUGAAGUAGAUCCUACGGAUCGCAUCGAAGCCGAAAUGAAACUAUUCGCACCGCUUGAUAAUUACUCCGAAAAGGGCUCUGUCCGAGCGCCGUCGCCUACUCCGCCAGAACCAACUGAUGAACUGACGCCACGCCCAACCAAGAUCGACCCAUUAACACAGCCCACUCCGCGUGUCACUGGGGCGUAUGUUGAAACGCCGGCUACCGUCAGGGUUAAACAAGAGGAACGCCUAGAAAGUAAAAGGGUGCUAGGUGAACCCAAUCGAACUUCAAAUGCAGAUUCUGAGGCUCGUGCUAGAAGCUCUAGUGACCCGUCAAAUAUCGGCCACACUAAAUCCGAGGACGAUACUGAAGCGUCAAAAAAUGCAUCGAUGCCGCGCUCUUCAUCAGUUCCCGCGGGUUCUCGUCGCGCUAGAUCCGCUUCCAGACGCCGUCGACCUCGUCGGCCUUUGAUUAACACUGCCAAACCGCCGUCGGUCAAAGAUGAUAUUCGCGCGAUACUACGCAUGAACCAAAUAGACGACUCGACACUUGAAGAUUUCGACACAAUUCUCGCUGACCAAGAAAUCGACGAGAAGGAACUCGAGAAAAUGAUAAACGACACCAAGAACAAGGUUGACAACGAUCUUGAAAUUCCCGGACUCUCGGAGAGGGAUCGUGAGCUUCAAGCUUACGACAGGAUGAGCAAGUCAUUGAAAACUGGUCUUCUAGGGAUCCGAUCUGCGAAGAAAGGGAUUGAACGUCUAGAAGAUAAGGUUAUGCAUACCGAGCACAAGCCAGAUCCAACUCAGACUGGUUCGACUGUCUCCGUCACUAAAUCGGAAACAAAUAUACCUACACCUCAGGCCACUUCAGUUGUACUCCCCAUUCCUGCUCUUUACCGAAGAUCCCCUAAAUUCAGACUCACCAAGUUUGGCGUAUUAGCAUUCCUCGUGUUUAUAUGGUAUAUCGUCGAGUCUAUUUUCUGCUCCCUGUACACACCUCACUACAACUGUACGCCCGAAGUGCCGUGUGACUGGUCACCAAACGAGCCAUAUUUCCCAUAUGCAAUACCUUUUAUGCUAGACGAAUGGGCCACGGGCGGCAAAGGAAGAGCGUUGACGUGGAGGUUUGGCGAAGAAGUCGGGGACAUAGUUGCCGACAUCUCAGACUGGAUCACAAACACGGAUUUUACUCAAUUUGACGAAAAGUUUAUGAAUGUUUGGGAGCGUAAGAGGCAUAGGAGACGGCUACGAAAACACGGCUUGAUUCCAAAAUGGGUGGCGCCUCCCGACUACAUCCCCAAAUUUGCAGGAUGGAAUGCUGCACGGUUGGCCAGGGAAGCUGCUGAAGAGGACGAUGACGGUGGAUAUGGAUUUGAAGAUGAGAUAAUGAGUGCGGACGAGAGAAUUAGUUGAGGCACGCUAGCAAUCACGAUAGGCCUUUGGGUCCUAGUGGAGGGAGAUCAUUUUGGUAACAUUGCAGUAUAUAGUUUUGGAGCUGCAACUGCUACGCUCAUCCCGGGUUAUCCGUCGAGGACAAGCUAUACUGGAUGUUAUUCGAUUUUGCAUUUGCAAGUAGUGGGCUGUUUACAAGGCGUUCAUCAGCUAAGGCGUUGCGGUCUUGUCGCAAAAAAAAAGAACAGCUAAUAGUCAAGGAUUACUUGGCGAUUAUACCAAAUUACAACACAUACUAAUAAGCAAAAAACUACGUAGGCUUGGUUACAACAAUGGGGAAGAGAAUUCCCGCAACGGUUAUAAGAUGCCGUUUGCACAAGCACAUAUUUCCCCCCUCUAACUUACUGUGAGCAUGUAUGUAGGUACCUAAUACUUUAUUAAGUCGUAAAAA